UUGUGCAGUGAAAUUGCGAUUGGUAUUUGGCUGGAAGAGAAGAACGGCCACACUGGCGCCCAGUAGCGAAAAUAAUAGUCGAAUAAUAAAAUAGUUUUGAGUGCAUCUAAUUCCGACCCACUAACGUAUGCGAGUGCAUUUAGCGGCUGCACUUAAUCAUUCCGGGCAAAAAAGUGCAAACAAAACGACGCGGAGCAGCCAGAAUCGAGGUUUCGCUCCAGCGAUAUCGCCAUUUGACCAAUUCGACUUUUGUGUCUGGUAUAACCACAAAAUUUUCACUGCAUCUUCUUAUUUGAGCCGCCCCCAACCCAAUUUUCGCGAGUGUGUCGGAAUCAGCAGAGAAUCGGAACAAAAGGGGCCAAACGGAGUACCAGAAUCGGCACAAGCACACAGUGAGCAGCAGAUAGUGCGGACGAUAGUGAGUCGUUGAUUAUCCACGUAAACAGAGAGCUGCAUGCGCAGAGGUCGCGCCCAGAGCUGCAGAAAUCCAACAAUCUCCGCCAGAAAGAUCCAUCUCCGCCCCCGUAAGCAAUGUCCGCGGAACGAGAGAUUCCCGCCGAGGACAGCAUCAAAGUGGUCUGCCGAUUCCGACCGCUGAACGACAGCGAGGAGAAGGCCGGCUCCAAGUUCGUGGUCAAGUUCCCCAACAAUGUGGAGGAGAACUGCAUAUCCAUAGCGGGCAAGGUGUAUUUGUUCGACAAGGUCUUCAAGCCGAAUGCAUCCCAGGAGAAGGUAUACAAUGAGGCGGCCAAGUCCAUUGUUACGGAUGUCCUGGCCGGGUACAAUGGAACGAUAUUCGCAUAUGGUCAGACGUCCUCCGGAAAGACGCAUACGAUGGAGGGCGUGAUCGGGGACUCCGUAAAACAGGGUAUCAUACCGCGUAUCGUCAACGACAUUUUCAAUCACAUCUACGCCAUGGAGGUGAACCUGGAGUUCCACAUCAAGGUCUCCUACUACGAGAUCUACAUGGACAAGAUUCGCGAUCUGUUGGACGUCUCCAAGGUGAACCUUAGCGUGCACGAGGACAAGAACCGGGUGCCGUACGUCAAGGGCGCCACGGAACGGUUCGUCUCGUCGCCGGAGGAUGUUUUCGAGGUGAUCGAGGAGGGCAAAUCCAAUCGUCACAUCGCGGUGACAAACAUGAACGAGCAUUCUUCGCGAUCCCACUCAGUAUUCCUUAUCAAUGUGAAGCAGGAGAACCUGGAGAACCAGAAGAAACUAUCCGGCAAACUCUACCUGGUGGAUUUGGCCGGUUCCGAAAAGGUUUCCAAGACUGGAGCUGAGGGAACCGUUCUUGAUGAAGCCAAGAACAUCAACAAGUCGCUGUCGGCCUUGGGCAACGUAAUCUCUGCACUGGCGGACGGAAACAAAACGCACAUCCCCUACCGUGAUUCCAAGCUCACGCGAAUCCUGCAGGAGUCGCUGGGAGGCAACGCACGCACAACCAUCGUCAUCUGCUGCUCUCCAGCCAGCUUCAACGAAUCUGAAACGAAGUCAACGCUGGACUUCGGUCGUAGAGCCAAGACAGUGAAGAACGUGGUCUGCGUUAACGAGGAGCUUACUGCCGAGGAAUGGAAGCGACGCUAUGAGAAGGAGAAGGAAAAGAACGCCCGACUAAAGGGUAAGGUGGAGAAGCUGGAGAUCGAGCUUGCGCGCUGGAGAGCUGGUGAAACCGUUAAGGCGGAGGAGCAAAUUAACAUGGAGGAUCUCAUGGAGGCCAGCACGCCCAACCUGGAAGUGGAGGCAGCGCAGACGGCGGCGGCCGAGGCCGCUUUGGCCGCCCAGCGAACGGCUCUCGCCAACAUGUCUGCAUCGGUUGCCGGGAACGAGCAGGCACGGCUGGCUUCAGAGUGCGAGCGCCUCUACCAGCAGCUGGACGACAAGGAUGAGGAGAUCAAUCAGCAAAGCCAGUACGCCGAGCAGCUCAAGGAGCAGGUGAUGGAGCAGGAGGAACUCAUCGCUAACGCUCGACGUGAGUAUGAGACUUUGCAGUCGGAGAUGGCGCGAAUCCAACAGGAGAACGAGUCCGCCAAGGAAGAGGUUAAGGAGGUGCUCCAAGCUCUCGAAGAGCUGGCUGUAAACUACGACCAGAAAUCCCAGGAGAUCGAUAACAAGAACAAGGAUAUCGAUGCCCUCAACGAGGAGCUGCAGCAGAAGCAGUCUGUGUUCAACGCCGCCUCCACGGAGCUACAGCAGCUCAAGGACAUGUCCUCACACCAGAAGAAGCGCAUCACGGAAAUGCUAACCAACCUACUGCGCGACCUCGGCGAAGUCGGCCAGGCCAUUGCCCCCGGCGAGUCCAGCAUCGACCUCAAGAUGAGUGCUCUGGCUGGCACGGAUGCCAGCAAGGUGGAGGAAGAUUUCACCAUGGCGCGUUUGUUUAUCAGCAAGAUGAAGACGGAGGCCAAGAACAUUGCCCAGCGAUGCUCUAACAUGGAAUCACAGCAGGCUGACUCCAACAAGAAGAUCUCCGAAUAUGAGAAAGACCUGGGCGAGUACCGGCUACUCAUCUCGCAGCACGAGGCACGCAUGAAGUCCCUGCAGGAGUCGAUGCGGGAGGCAGAGAACAAGAAGCGCACGCUUGAGGAGCAAAUAGAUUCGCUGCGGGAGGAAUGCGCCAAGCUCAAGGCCGCCGAGCACGUUUCCGCCGUCAACGCCGAGGAGAAACAGCGGGCUGAGGAGCUGCGCUCCAUGUUCGAUUCUCAGAUGGACGAGCUACGCGAAGCCCACACCCGCCAGGUGUCCGAGCUCCGGGACGAGAUUGCCGCCAAACAGCACGAAAUGGACGAGAUGAAGGAUGUCCAUCAAAAGCUGCUCUUGGCGCACCAACAGAUGACGGCCGACUACGAGAAGGUUCGCCAGGAGGAUGCCGAGAAGUCCAGCGAGCUUCAGAACAUCAUCCUCACCAACGAGCGACGAGAGCAAGCGCGCAAAGACCUCAAGGGCCUGGAGGACACGGUGGCCAAGGAGUUGCAGACGCUACACAACCUGCGAAAACUUUUCGUUCAGGAUCUACAGCAACGAAUCCGAAAGAAUGUCGUAAACGAGGAGAGCGAGGAGGACGGUGGAUCACUCGCGCAGAAGCAGAAGAUUUCCUUCUUGGAGAACAACCUCGACCAGCUGACCAAGGUGCACAAGCAGUUGGUGCGGGACAACGCCGAUCUGCGGUGCGAGCUGCCCAAGCUGGAGAAGCGUCUACGCUGUACCAUGGAGCGGGUGAAGGCUCUGGAGACAGCGCUCAAGGAGGCGAAGGAGGGCGCAAUGCGGGAUCGCAAGCGCUACCAAUACGAGGUGGACCGCAUCAAGGAGGCGGUGCGACAGAAGCACCUGGGCAGACGUGGCCCACAGGCACAGAUCGCCAAGCCGAUCCGCUCCGGCCAGGGUGCAAUCGCCAUUCGUGGUGGUGGCGCCGUUGGCGGACCAUCCCCGCUGGCCCAGGUUAAUCCUGUCAACUCGUAGAUCCAAUCACCACCUGUCGCCGCCCAGUUCAGCUCCGCUUUAAACUAAACUAAAUGGAUUACGUUAUACAUACUUAACAUAACUGAUAAUUGCCUUCGCUUAGAUGAGAUGUGUCGCGAUCAUGUGCAGCGCUUUAAAUAUACAUACAUAUAAUUUAAUUAAAUAAAUGAAAGGAAACCGGAAAUUAACUAAAUUUUACAAACCGAAAAUAAUAAAACCCACAGAUAUGUAAGGACAUCUAUAUACGUUAAGAGUAUUUAUAAACUUUUCAAACAUAAACCUAAAUAAAAGUCGCAGACAAAUUAA